AUGGGUGGCGCAAGUCGUGAAGGCGGCAAAGUCAAGCCAUUGAAGGCACCGAAGAAGGAAAAGAAGGACAUGGAUGAGGAUGAGAUUGCCUUCAAGGCCAAGCAGCAAGCCGAUGCCAAAGCCCGAAAGGAAAUGGCCGACAAGGCCAAGGGCAAAGGACCACUGAACGCCGGCCAGCAAGGCAUCAAAAAGAGUGGAAAGAAAUAG